AGUAAAUGGGACUGUUACUGGUAGACUGGUGGACCUGUUCACUUCCAACAACAGUGUAUUGGAAAUGGAGGCAACAGAGAAAAAGGAACACUCCCGCGGAGCUCUGACACCAGUGUACCUGAGACCACGCUCCAAGUCAGCAUUCGAUAUCUCAAGCAACUCGUCUCGAGUUGAGGCAGGAGUGAAAGGUGAAAGUCCAGUCAAACCGGGUCUGUACAACCGCCGGUCUUAUGAGGGAAUCCGAACAGUUUCGUUUUCAUCUGACAAUGCACAUGAGGAGAAUGAUGACCUUACAGACAAGAAGACCAGACAGAAACCCUCUCUACGAGUUACAGCAGCAGAUGGAGCGGUGCUGGUCGGUGAUGCUCCAGAAACCGAUGAGGCGCCAUCCUCACCACAACCGAUCCAGAAGAAAGACAGUCUAGAGGUACCAGUCACAAGGUCCAAAUCACUGCCCAAGGCCAUCGUUGGUGCAUUUUCGAAGUUUGAGUCUAAUCGCGACAAACAGUUCCACAAAUUGUUUGAGAACAUCCCACAAGAUGAAAAAUUGAUAAAAUCCUACCCUUGUGCUUUAGUGCGUGACGUACUCCUCCAAGGCAGAAUGUUCAUAUCUGCGAACUGGGUUUGUUUCAACGCAAACAUCCUAGGCUUUGAAACAAAGGUUGUCAUUCCCGUGGAUGCCAUUCGCAACAUAUUCAAGACAAAGUACACUUUACUUGUUCCCAGCGCAGUAAGCAUCCAUACAGAUACGGACAAGCAUGUGUUCGGUUCUCUGUUAUCCCGCCGAGCUACGUACAAGAAAUUGAUGGCAGUUUGGCAUGGAAAAAGCACUAACGAUGAUGAGGAAAAAUCAAUAGCGAGUCAAGAUGGAUCCUACAGCCAGGACGGUCGCGAAACAUCACUCACCGACGAUCAAGUCUUUGAGGAUGAGGAAGAUGAUUCAGAUAGAUCGCAGCCAUUCAGAUCUGAAUCCCGUAAGAUGAUGUCUGGACGAGCACAUCACGUCAAAGAAGACAAAGACCAAGACAUGCAGAAUACAACCAGAGUCAGAGUAGGGCGGUCAAGAUUACAGACGUUUAUUGUACAAGUAAAACGCUUAGCCGAAUCGGUCCGGGCUAUGCAGCUCGUGUUGCCCCUGGCUAUAUUGGUGAUAUGCUGUUUAUGUGUAUCUUCGUGCGUAUUGGCCUGUCGCAUUGCUAGAGUACAGGCUCAGAUGCAGAAAUUCCCCGAAGUAGCAGAAGCAUUGGAGUGGAACAGGAUACUGGUAACCAGUCAAUCGGGUCAUAUGGACCAGGUGUCAAGACUUCGAGAUUCACUGGUACUCAGUCUGCAAAUACUCAACAAGAUGCAUUCAUCACUACAGCUGAUUAACCGACCGCCAACCACCACCAAUGAAAUGGAUUCUCUUCCACACUAGAUGAUGACGUCCGGCUUCUUA